AUGCCCCGAGGGUCCCUUCCAGGCGCGUCGGUGCCCCCUGGGGGCUCUCACAAGAGCGGCAGCGACCCCAGGGGCCUUGCCAGUAACGGUGACGCACCAAGGGGCCCGGCCAUGAGCAGAGGCGCACCUAGGGGCUCUCACAGGGGCGUCAGCGCUCCUAAGGGGCCGUCUCACGGGCGGCUGCGCUCCCAUCGGCCUUACUUAGAGGCAGCGGUGCCCCCUGGAGACGUUCCAGGGACGGCGAGUGCCCAGCAAGGGGCGAUGGCGCCCAUGGGAGACCUCCCAGGGCCAGCAAAGGCUAUCCCAGGGGCGGUGGUCUCCCACAGGGGCCCUUCCAGGGGUGAUGGCACCCCCAGUAGCUCUCCCAUGGAAGACCUCAUCCCCAAAGACCCUCCUACAGAUGGAGGCUCUCCUAUUUGCCCUCCCAGGUGCUGUGGCGCUCCCAAGGGCCUUCCCUAUGCGGAGGCACCCUAA